AUGGCCGCUGACCUUGAGCAAGGUGGUAUCCAUCUACAUCAGCUCAGCUCAGACAUCUCGCCAAACCGUGAUGGAGAGGACCGAACCGCAAUUGACAACCUUUGCAAAGUCGAUGAGUCUCGUCUCAACUCGGAAGAAUUGCAGAGAUUGCACACUUGGGAAGAUGCUAUACAGCCACACACGAACGAGUUUGGUGAUACCAAUUAUAUCGGAGACGUCUACAAUGAGAUCAAUGAACUGAUUGCAGCGGAAUGGCAUCUCGAGCGCCCCGGUGACUACCUACGAUUCGUCAAGAGUGUGUCUCAGACGGAUGUUGAACUGAAAUACCUCGCCCACUGGAUGGAGGUAUCAACCAGCCCAUUGAAAUGGAGAUUUCUCCGGCAAUUACCUGCUAGUCGCGAAGAACGAGCUCGCAGGGUGAGAGCUUGCAUCCUAGAUUACAGCGCCCAAAUUCUGAUGCGUACUGAGCAUUGCGAAAGUGCAAAUGUGUUGAGAGACACAAUCAGCACCGUCCCUCCUGAUUGCAAACUGCGGAUCAUCAUAGCGGAAGACCUGUCGCGGGAUUUGAUUGAAGCGCUGGGCAUACCCCUGGAUCUGGAUCCUCGAUUUUUCCGGGAGUAUAUUGGCGAUUCUACGUUCUUUCACUCCACAGAUCCUUGGAUAUCGCAUCUGAUUCCGCUGUCAAAGGUCGCCAGGCAGUCACACAUGACGUUCUCUUUCUUACGUGCUCGCUAUUACGCGAGCGAACUCAUAUUCCAGGAAGCAUACAGGCAAUGUGGGAAGUUCAACGUCUUGCGACGACUGGACAGUGAUCGCAGCCGCAUCAAACUACAGCAACUCAACCCUUCCAGAACCAAGAACACAAGUGUGGCACUGGCUCGGUCGAAGUUUGCAGUCUGGUUCAGAAAAGAAAACGAUCUGUCGCCAGUCAUUGCACUUCUACUUUGCGAUCCUACAACAGAGUCAGGCAAGCCUCUCUGGAUGGGAACCAAUACUGCUCAAGAUGUGCUAAGACCGUCAAACUGGGUCGACGAGGCUCAGCAAGUUGGACGAACAUCACUGUUCGACCAAGUCACGCAGGCUUAUGGAUCGCUCGCGCCGUCUGACAUAGAGCACAUCUUGGAAAGAGCACGGAAUGUUGCACAGCCUGCUUUGAAGAUCAUGAUCAAGGAAUGGCUUUUGAUCGUGCGACACAUGAGGUCUCAAGUGGCGAUUAUGCAGUGGGAGCUUGAUAAGCCGGAAUUUGGAUCAGAUUACCAUGGAAUGCUCUCCGCCGCAGAGAGCACAUCUCCUUGGCGAAAAAAUCUCAGUCACUAUAAGAAUUGGGUGCAAGACGUUCUGGAUUAUGUCUCAGUGAUCGCUGCGAACGACAAGCAGACCUACGCACACCCAACCGACAGCGCUUCUGAUGUGAGAAACGCGCAUAUCGAUGGCCUUGAAGCUUUGAUACCAGACCUGGAACGUAUCAUCAGACGACUGGACGAAAUCGCGGAACUUAUUGAACGAGUUUCUGUCAUGGCGUCUUCGGCAAUGUCGCGGGGAGAAGCCCGACAGAACAGGAGGGCUUUACUGCAAAACCGAAGCCUUGGCUGGCUAUCGGUUCUAGCAACGAUAUUUUUGCCUCUGAACUUCGCCACGAGUUUUCUGAGCAUGUCCUCGGACUUCAGCGCAUCGCAAAAUACUGUAUGGCUCUUUUUCGCGAUCGGGAUACCUUUGACGGUUAUAGUGGUUUCUUUCAUUGGCUGUAUGCGAUUUUACAGAAUGGUAAACGAUGUCAAAAUCUAUUAUCAGACAUGA